AUCCCGCUGAUCAAACGAAGUACUGCUGUAGCUUGGUUCCAGCACAUCAACUCCUGUCAAUUAACUAAGCAAGCAUCAUGGCGAAGAAGAAGAAGAGUACGAAAAAGAAGAAGCGUGUGGCGGUUCACAUCAGGGAGAACAUCAAGGGCAAGAGAGAGGCCGCCGCCUCUGCGGACGGGGAAGUCGGUGCCGACAAGCGAGCGCCCCUGCUGGCGGCACCUUUGGGCGUAGGAAAGCCGAAGCGUCCUCGAGAGCCAGCCGAUGCAGCGUCACUGGGGAAGGCCAAAGACGACCCUGCCCGCAAAGAAAAGGAGCGCACUGACGCGAACAACUAUCUCGUGGCAUGGCUGACCGUACGCAAGGCGAACGAGGCCGCCGAAGAGGCGGGAGUUGCACCUCCUCCCGCAACCGGCGUGUGGAAGUUCAACAAGAACACACAAGCCUGGCUCCUUCGCCAUGUCUUCUCUGAUGAUGAGAUCGACGACAAGAGGUUUGAGACUCUCUGCCUGUAUCUUGAAGGCCUCAAGGGAGCUGGCCGACAGCGCGUGCUGGCCGCCGCACAAGCGAUCAUCGACAAGCACGGCCCCGAUGAGGGCAAGGAGCAAACGGCGGCAGAACGAGAGGCGGCGGUGGCGGAAGUCACAACGGCUGACGACGAAACCGUCACGAACGAAACGGCAGCGGUUGUCCCGAGCGGGUACAACAGCGAUUCCACCGACGACGAGGAGGAGGACAAUGAUGGCGGCGCUGUUGCGGGGGCACGGCAGACGGGAGGGGAAGGGGGGGUAGCGGCGGCACCCCCGGCGGCGGCACGAACAGGUAAUGCGGGGGAAUUCUCUUUCGGGUUCUUUGAUGGCACCGCUGAGGAGGCGACCUCCAAGACGACCGGGAAAGAGGAAUCGGAUAGCGAUGGUAGCAGCAGCAGUAGCGAUGACGAAGAGGGUGGCGACGGUGGAGGUGCGGUGGAGGCCCUGGCGCCCGCAACCAAGAAGCCGAGGAAAGCCCGAUCAGCCUUGACCGGCAAGCCUAAGGCGGAGGCAAAGGCUAAGGCUGCCGCGGUGGCGUACGAGAGAGCCCUCCAGGUAGCAGAAGUGCUCGCCUAG